CAUCUCCGGAGUCACGACUGGUCGUCUCCUUGCGCCACCAUCUUAUUCGUCUUCUUCCCCGCCACCAACCAGAGAGAGAGAGAGAGAGAGAGAGAGAGACGGAACUCCUUGGCGAUUCGCGAUCUCUGAAGAUUCAAAUCACGCCUCGCGUCGCUCCCUCGCUUGCUUGAGCUGAGGAGGAAGGAGACGAGGCAGCGGCGGCGGCGGCAUCUUCCGAAGAAGAAUUCAGCUUCAGCUUCAGCUUCGAGCUCCAACAUGAGCGCCAUUGAAGACGCCGAGGAAGAUAGGGACCUGAGGAAGCCGUUCCUCCACACGGGGAGCUGGUACAAGAUGCAGGGGAUGGGGUCGAGCCAGUCCAGCGUCACCGCAUCGGCGCAGAUCCUCCGCGACGGAUCCGUCUCCGUCCUCCUCUGCGUCCUGAUCGUCGCCCUAGGCCCUAUUCAGUUCGGGUUCAGCUGUGGAUAUUCGUCUCCUACGGAGGAGGACAUAAUGAGCGACCUAGACCUUUCGCUCUCGCAGUAUUCGAUAUUUGGUUCGUUGGUGAAUGUGGGAGCUAUGAUUGGGGCAAUCACGAGUGGCCAGAUUGCUGAGUACAUCGGUCGGAAAGGGUCUCUGAUGAUCGCUGCGGUCCCUAAUAUUUUAGGAUGGCUGGCAAUAUCAUUUGCUAAGGAUUCCUCAUUCUUGUACAUGGGAAGGUUGUUGACGGGAUUUGGUGUGGGUGUAAUUUCUUAUACGGUGCCGGUAUAUAUAGCUGAGAUAUCGCCUCAGAACAUGAGAGGAACCCUGGGAUCUGUGAAUCAGCUCUCAAUUACAAUGGGACUAUUGUUGGCUUACAUUUUCGGACUAUUUCUCAAUUGGAGGAUCCUUGCUAUCUUCGGGGCUCUUCCAUGUAUAAUAUUGAUUCCUGGCUUAUUUUUCAUCCCAGAGUCUCCUCGAUGGUUGGCCAAAAUGGGUUUGACAGAGGACUUUGAAGCCUCUUUGCAGGUCCUUCGGGGAUUUGAUACUGAUAUUUCCCUUGAAGUUAAUGAAAUCAAGAGAUCUGUUGCAUCAACAAGCAAAAGAACAACGAUCAGGUUUGCAGAGCUCAAGCGGAAAAGAUAUUGGUUUCCAUUAAUGGUAGGUAUUGGACUUCUUGUGCUUCAGCAACUGAGUGGCAUCAAUGGUGUUUUAUUCUAUUCCACCACGAUAUUCGAAAGUGCAGGGAUUUCUUCAAGUAAUGUGGCAAGUGUUGGAGUUGGUGUUAUCCAGGUUCUCGCCACUGGGGUUACUACUUGGCUCCUGGAUAAAGCAGGCCGAAGGCUGCUUCUAAUAGUGCGUAUGACCAAAUUCUCACUAAAGUUGAGAUUCUCUAAAACACGCUCAAAUUGGGUAUUUAAAUCGUUUUUGCAGAUAUCCUCAUCUGCAAUGACUUUGAGCCUUCUUUUUGUGGCUGUAGCAUUUUAUAUAGAGAGUUCUGCUUCAGAAGACUCUAAAUUAUACAGCAUAAUGGGAAUAUUGGCCCUGGUUGGGCUUGUGGCUUUUGUUGUUUCCUUCUCUCUGGGAGUGGGAGCUAUUCCAUGGCUUAUCAUGUCUGAGAUUCUUCCAUUGAAUAUUAAGGGCCUUGCCGGCAGUGUAGCAGUGUUGGCAAACUGGAUAACAUCGGGGGUAAUCACAAUGACUGCAAACUUACUGUUGGAUUGGAGCACUGGAGGUACCUUCACAAUCUACACAGUCGUGGCUGCUUGCACUGUUGUCUUUGUGACACUCUUGGUCCCAGAAACUAAGGGAAGAACUCUGGAAGAGAUUCAGUCGUCGUUCCGAUGAUUCUUGCCUCCUAUUGUCACAUUGAUUUUUGAUGUUCAAUAAAAUGUGCCGGAAGAGAGAGAGAGAGAGCUCGCAAUUAUUCAUUGACCUCCUCAACAGAGGUUUUGAUGUGUUCUUCAAGUUUUUGAACUUCAUUUACUUAGCGAAGUUGCCAAAUGGACCUAGCUAUGCACUAUGAGCGUACAUCAAAUCAUUCAUAAGAUCAGAAGAACCGGCGGAUUUAGCAAGUGGCUUGAUGAUAUUCGAGAUAACGGAGCCAAAAGGGGUCUUGUCUUCUUGUUUC